CGCAAGUUUGGCCGGAUAUGGCCCUGGAACAAUCAAUUAACCUUGAUACAAAGACAAAGGGGGGCAUAGUUGGAAUGAGUACGAACGAAGAUGCUGUAGACCGAUGGUUCUUAACCAUUCACGAGCGAGCAGCCAUGACACAUGCACUAAAGGAGAUGUGUGGUCUAGAAAACUGCGACCGCAUUGGGACACACAAGGAGGCUGAAGCCACAAGAGUGAGCAGAGAUGAGAGAGACGUACAGAAGUUGUUUGAAACCUUCAAGAGUGAUCUCCUCAGUGACCCUUUUCAGAUUCCAGAAGAAAUCUCAGAGGAGGAAAUACCCUUAACCUUAAGUAAUCUUGCCACUGGUGUUGUUCUUCCAGGCGCAGAUGGAAGCAUUCUUCUCAACGCAGAAGAGUUAGGCAGAAAAAGCAUGGAAACAUUUCUUUCAUCGCGAAUCCAGAGAAAUGAAAUCAAUUUCUGGGAUCCAAUCCAGCGGCUGAAGAUUAAAACAUUCAGUUCUAUGGCAAAGAAAGUUGCAGUGAGCAAACAGAAAGAUAAGACUGUAACUGUUAAUGCUGAUCGUGAGCUUUUUGGUCGCCUUCUGGUUGCUGCGAGGAACAGGGAUAUUGAUCUCAAAGAGGUUCUUUCUUAUGAGCUUUGCGGUGUACCAGUCGCACUUGUACAUCCUGAUGGCAGCCUCAGGAAGACGACAAAAAGCACCCUAAUGUAUGUCCUUGAAAACAAUGUUACGUGUAGAUCAAGCCUGCCUUCAUCACAGCACCCUACAGCAUGUCUAAUUGAUGCGAUGGCUCUCAUUCAGAUAAUUAAAUCAGUAAGGUCUGCGACAUUUAGCCAGUUAUCGCAGAAAUACCAAGACAUUGUCACUAGUAAAUUCCAUCAGAAUAGUCACACCAGAGUAGACCUAAUUUUCGACCAAUAUAGGCCUGUCUCAAUUAAGGCACAGGGGAACGCAGCAAGAGAGGAGAAUCAAGCUCGUUUGAAAUCAACAUCCACAGUGGAUCCACGCCAGUACCGAAGCAGUGGUCAAAAUAUAUCUCAAACCCAAAGAACAAACAAAACUUAGCCGCCUUUCUCUAUGAGUCGUUAACAAAGAACUUACCGGCAUAUUUAGGCCCUCAGCAGAAGGUCGUCCUAGGUGGAGGAUUCAAGGAUGGAUUAAAAGCAGUGUGUCUAACUAGUGGUUCCGCAGUUGUUGAGCCAAAUCUACGUUCGGAUCAUGAAGAGGCAGAUACAAGACUUCUGCUUCAUGCCAAACACGCUGCAGCCACUCAUCCACGCAUUGUGAUACAAUCACCAGACACUGAUGUUGCCGUACUUUCAGUAGCACAUUUUUCAGAUUUAAACUGCCAGGAACUGUGGUUAAAAAUAGGCGUCAAAGACAGACUGAGAUACCUACCUGUCCAUGAGAUUCAGGCUUUCCUGAGGGAAUCUCUUUGUAGAUGUCUUCCAUCGUUCCAUGCACUGACUGGUUGCGACUCUACAAGUGCCUUCUCUGGAAUAGGGAAGAAGAAGGCGUGGAAGGUACCGCUGACGAAAGAACAGAUGC